UUGUCUCUAAUGGCGGCCGGCUGGCUUCAGAAAGUGCUGUAUCUAAACCACAAUAAUCGCAUUCAGACCCACCCCCUUCCUAAGCCUGAAAUUGCUAUUUUUUGAAGAGGAGAUGAGUGGCAGAGAUUUGAGAACGUUUCUGUCCAGCCACAGAAGCGGAACCUUUCACACAAGCAAGACUUCUUCAGACUCCCUUGGAAGGAAGUAUACCGUUGGAUCUGCCCCCAAGGUCCAACCAGUGGAUUAUGAGCAAGUGCUGUCCAAUAUCCAGAGACACAAAGACAACGUUUCAACUGGUCUCAAGCGGUUCAAAUCAAUCUCCAAAAAAGGCAAAGAAACGAAAGAGACGUCAAUAUUGAGAAAGCACCAUGAAAUAUGGAAGAAAGAACACACUAGGAUGAUCGAUUUGCAAUCCAAAGUUCGAUCUGAAUUAAACCAGUGGAGAGCAGAUAUCUUAGCAAAAGAUGACCCCAUUUUUAACGAACUGUUGAUGGAACUAACAACAUUCGAAUCAGAGCUGUACGAACAAAGUCAACAAUUUCGAGCGCUUACGCUGACUCCUGUUCGAUCAGUGAGAACAGAGUUAAAAUCUUUGUUUGAGGAGAGGUCAGAGGUCGAUCAAUUAACCCCUUCGCCGCUGGAACUGAUUAUGGCCGAGUUGGAAACCGUUGUAGAACAGCAAAAUAAAAUACAACAGUUGCUACAAGAUGAAUAUGAAAUAGUGGAAACUGAUUUGGAAGUUUUUAUGGACGAUUGGGGGAUUUGUAACCAUGGAAACACACUGGUUGUCAAGGAGACGGAGAAAGUUGUCAGAGGUGUGCCGUUGAAAGUAAAGUACUUAGAAUGUCCGGAUGAAAAGUUACGUAGCGAAGUCUUGAAUGAAUUUUCACGGCUGGAUGAGCAAUUCACCUCUUUAUUGGACGAAUGGCGAUCAACAAAUGAAUCUAUUAUCAAUUUACCGUAUGGUGGGUGGAGUCGAUGCAAUGCUGAGAGGUUCUGCUACCUCGUGGAGCAGUACCCUCCUUCGCUGACCAAUAGGAGGAGGUUAUAUAUGGACAGAGCCGUGAGGGAAUUCCCCUACAAAAGGCGAGAGGAAAUUGUGGCGCAUGAGAGCUGGCACCACUCCCUCCAGCACUACCUAGCUACACAGAGGACUCUCCUCACCUCGUGGACCACUCACAGAGGGGAGUUGGCCGAUAAAGUGACUUCCUUGUUUGAGGAGGUACGUCAGUCAUGUCAGGUGAACUCUCUGAUCAUGAGGGAGAGGGAAGAAUGGAGACAAAAGUGUCAGAGGCAAUAUCACAAGGUAAGAACGUGGCGUGAAGAGAAGGUCAAAGUUCAACAAGCGGAGGCAGCAAAGAUUGCUAAGCAACGAGCUCUUGAAGAGGAGCAACAUCAUCGUGACGAACUGAGGCAACAAAAAAAGAGAGAGUGUGAGAAACAUGAAAUCAGACAAUACCACUCGAACUUAGAAUCUCGUCGCCAUGCCGAUCUGGAGCAAGUACGAAGGCUGGAGGAUGUUGUAAAGAUAGAGAAGAAGAAGCAAGCGACUCUCAAUGUGGGGAGAAUUGAAUAUCGUCACGAGAGACUGUCGGAGAAAAUUGCUGAAGCCAAAGAAGCGAGAGAAGUGGCUGAAAAAGAGGCGAUAGAAAAGGAGAGGAGGUUGGAGCUGUUACGACAGCAGGUCCAGGUGGAGACGACCUCUGACCCCGAGAGAGUCCUGCAAGCCACAGCAUCCACUCAAGCCCGACUGACGGCCCUCACUGAACCUGAUCUCCGACAACCCCUCUACCAACUACACAGUUACACCUCUGACAAGAUCACCUCUGACCCCAGAGUACGUGUGGAGACGGCACUGAGGGAGGCGGGCCUUCACACAUCACACUACGCCCGCAAGAUCCUCUCUAAGAUACCCCCUCCUCAGAGGCCAAGACCCGAUCAAGCAUCAACACUAUUUAAAGACACUAAAUAAACUCUGUAUCUGACAGACAUAACUUUUAUAUUAUGUAUCUCACAUAAUGGUCCCAAUUAUUAAAUAAUUAUGCAGUUAAUUUUGCAAAUAACAGAAAGUAAUAACAUUUUACAGCUAAAAUACUGUAUAAUUAUGUUGA